AGAUAUGUAUUUGAAAGACCAAAUAAUCAAAUCACAGAGAGAGUGAGAAAAGGUAUGAGAAGAAAAGAAAGAUGGGAUGGGAGUGUUGAUGGCGCGGCUGAGAACAAGAAAUCAGUAGUGAAGAAAUAUGAAGACUUUGAAAUUGCGACAAUUUGAGUUCCUCUUCCUCAUCUCAACAGCUUCAAAACCCCAACCAUCUAAGCAACACAUUUUUUCAUCUUCCUUUUCUGCUAUACCAAAUCUAAGUGAUACUUAUCUAAACACAAAACCCAAAAAGUUUCCGACACUUACCCUGGAAGAAGUCUGCAAAAUCAACCUCCUAAUUCCACGUCUCUGCCUCUCUAACCACCUAACAACCGCAGUCCACCUAACCACCAUGGCCCUCCUCACUAUCUCUCCCCCUAAUCCGAAAUCCCUCUCGCUUUCCAUUCUCAUCCACUCCCUCACUCUCCGGCCUGACAUGAAACUAUCCAUGUCACUCCUCACCCGCCUCACUCGCAUCCCACAACCUCACCCUUACCCACAUCUAACGCCCAUCUCCACAAUGCUCAUUGCUUCAUAUCUCAAAAGAGAUAGGCCUAAAGAUGCUUUCAAAGUAUACAGCUGGAUGCUGAGGCCUGGCUUUCCUUGUAAUUGUAUGGUAGACAAGACUGCCUAUGGGAUUUUAGUUGGUGGGUUGUGUGCUAGUGGCUCGCUUCUUGAGGGCUUGAGGGUUUUGAGGGAUAUGUUGAGGGUCCAUCUGUUGCCAGGGGAAGGUCUCAGAAAAAAGGUAGUUAGGAGUUUGUUGAGAGAGGCAAGGGUUAAGGAGGCAAAGGCAUUUGAGGAGCUUCUGCCUUGUAUUGGAUUUGUUGGAGGUCUCAACAAGGUGUUGGAUUUGUUGGAUCACACCAUAUCGGAAAUUGGACACACUAGCUAGUACCAGGUGCAUAUUGCACCAGAAAUUGUUGAUAGACAAGUUCAUCUCUUCCAGGCGUUGGACAUCUAUGUCUAUUGUUUUAAAUGAGUUUUGGACUUGAUAGGAUAUGUAGGAUCUUAGACCCUUUUUUUCAAUAGCUGAUGUAAAAAGCCAGUAAGGUUGCAUGAAAAAGAGAAUGAUGAGUAUUUGGAAAGUUUUAUGAGAUGCAGAAAAUAUCAUGUCAAUGUAUCCAAAAGAUAAGGAUACCCUUUUUAUUUUUUCAGUUUCUUCUUGCGUUCUGUCUGAUCUGUCUCUCUUCUUAUCUUCAUACUUCAUACUUGAAUAAAGAAGCAGUAGAUAUAGAAAGCUUAAACUGAUUAACUGGAUAUAUACAAGUAUAGUUUCAUUCAUCUGAUCUUCCUAAGUAAUUGGUCUGUUACAGUAAAUAGUUGGGAAAGAACUAAUAUUGAUUGUCAAAAGGAUUUUCACCAAGUAGAAUAUGAUUAAGAGCCAAUUGGCCCCUAGCAAACAAUUGUUCUUCUUUCAACCAGUUCCACCAAUUGGUGUUUAUGUUAGUUCUGGUCUGAAUUAAGAUUAUACAUUCGUUUUGUUCAACCAGAAAAGGCAAAAAGUAAUCCCCAAAUUCUAACAGCUUAGAAUGAGAUCAAUAUUCUUCCAAGAAAUAUUCAAAUUGGUCACCCACUAAGCGCUUGUAAAGCGUCCCUCUCUGUACUAUACAGUUGUGAUUAGAAGAGCCCCUGAAAAAGCCUCCAAAAUAAUUGCACUAAUAGAAACAAAUACCGAUGCGGAUUCUUAAUUGAAAGGCAUUGACAGUACUUUUUUUUUUCUUUUUUGGCCUGAAAAAGGCAUUGACAGUUGUAUGAGUUCUUACCUCUUAUUUCAUUGGUUAAAACUCACAGCUUUUUCCUUAAACCAUUUUUUCCACAUAUACAAACCUAAGAGAACCUUAAUAUGCGGAAGUGAUACAUGCUACUGCUCAGUCAUACAACAAAUGAAAGAAUGGAGAAAAUAAGAUUAAAGAGGAUUUUUCUAGAUAGCAUAUACUGCCUCGAGAAAUCUUCCUCUUGAAGGAAAGUGCUUUUGGGAAAAUUUUCAUCUAUAAACUCCCAAGAACAUCUUACAUCCCUGAAAUGAUGGAUUUACUCUUUUUAGGUCCCAUCUCUUACAUCACGUUUCUCUUUUUCCCUUAAUUUUCUCUCAUGACCAUUACUCACGUUCAU